AUAUAUUUGGCGGCAAAACGUUCUAAUUGCUCUUCAUAGUUCAUACACUCCUUACUUCGUACUUAGUUAGGGUUCCGUCACUUUCACACUUCCACUGUCUCAUUUCCUCCCCAAAUUCCUCCUUCUCUCUCUCUCUCUCCAAUCUUCGGUGAAUGUUUCAAUGGCGGAAAUUGCAGGAGAAGCUCCAGUAAUGGCGAAUUCGCCGAUGAUCAAGCCAAUUAAUAAGAGCGUGGUGCAUAAAAUUUGCGCGGGACAAGUGAUUUUGGACCUUUCCUCUGCCACUAAAGAACUUGUUGAGAACAGCUUGGAUGCCGGCGCAACGAGCAUCGAGAUCGCGCUUAAGGAUUACGGCGAAGAGUGGUUUCAAGUUAUUGAUAAUGGUUGCGGCAUUUCCCCCAACAAUUUUAAGGUUCUUGCUCUUAAGCAUCAUACUUCAAAACUGGCUGAUUUUCCUGACCUUCAGUCUCUUACAACAUUUGGCUUCAGAGGUGAGGCACUGAGUUCCCUUUGUGCGCUGGGGAGAUUGACAGUGGAAACUAGAACAAAAAAUGAGUCUGUUGCUGCACACCUGACAUUUGAUAACACUGGCCAAUUAGUAGCUGAACAUAAGACAGCACGGAAAGUUGGUACUACAGUAACUGUAAAGAAGCUGUUUUCUAAUUUGCCUGUGCGUAGCAAGGAAUUCAGUCGUAAUAUCCGUAAGGAAUAUGGAAAACUUGUAUCUUUAUUGAAUGCCUAUGCCAUUAUUGCAAAAGGAGUUCGAUUUGUUUGCACCAAUAUGUCUGGGAAAAGUGCAAGAUCUGUGGUCCUGAAAACCCAAGGAAGUGGAUCGCUCAAAGAUAACAUCAUAACACUGUUUGGCAUGAGCACAUUUACUUGUUUAGAGCCACUGAGUAUCUCUUUGCCAGGUAACUGCACAGUUGAGGGCUUUGUCUCUAAAUCAGGUUAUGGCAGCGGACGAAAUAUGGGUGACAGGCAAUUCUUUUAUGUUAAUGGCCGGCCUGUUGAUAUGCCAAAAGUAGGUAAACUUGUGAAUGAGUUAUAUAGAGGUGCUAACUCACGACAAUAUCCCAUUGUGGUUCUAAACUUCAUUGUUCCGAUUAUGGCAUAUGAUGUAAAUGUGACACCAGAUAAGAGGAAGAUUUUUUUCUCUGAUGAAGGUUCUAUUCUACAAUUUCUGAGAGAAGCUCUGGGGAUGAUCUACUCAGCCAGUUCUGUCACUUAUAAUGUUAGGAAUAUAGAUGCACCUGAUGAAAAAGAUGAUCACUUAUCUCCGCGCCCUGUGGGAUUGCAGCUGCCCUCUGAGCAGUGCAAGUCAUCAAAAAGAGCUCAAGCUGAAGAAGUAUGUGAGGAGAAGCAAGCUAAUAAAGAAAAAAUGAUAUCAGGUUCUAUUGGGAAGGGCAACAAUCUUUCAUCUUUUGGUCUCCGCAAUGAUGCUCAAAAGUCACAGGACAGGGAUUUUGGUCUCAAGGUCCACAGAAUUAAAAAGACUUGUAGCUAUUCACCAAGCCAUGAAAAUAAUAAUAUAAGUGUUGAUAUUGAUCAAGAAUGCCAUAAAGAAGCUGAAAGUGAUGUUGCAAUCAACAAUAAUUUGGCUAAUAGGCCAGCCUCUAUUGAAUCCUCACUUACCAAGUUUGUUACUCUGCAAAAGCGGAAGUAUGAAAACUUAUCUACACCCUUAUCUGAAGCCCCUAUCUUAAGAAAUGAACCGCUUCAACGUAAGUCUGAAAACAAUGAUUUGGAAUUGCAAUUUGCUGCUGUAAGCUCAUCCACAAAGGUUCACGAUUCUGCUGGGCUUCAUGGGAAUCAAACAUCCAAGCAUUCUAAAACUGCAACAGAUUUGUAUCAAACAAGCAGUCCUCUUCUGAAUGAUGGUGAUGCUUGCAUGGAAGGGAUAAUAGAGGACAAUCGGCUUCAGGAAAAAGGAGUGCCUGCUACAGAUGUGAUCAUACUAAGUGAAUCAAGGAGUGGAAUCUCAGAAAUUGAACUAGAAGAGGCACCACUUGGAUCCCAGUCGUUACUAGGUACCGCUCCUCCUUCAUCUGCUCCAAAAGCCUCUUCUACUUUGCAAUUCAAUAUGAAGGAUCUCAUGAAAAGGAGGAAGCAGAAACUAUCAAUAUCUCAUUCAAGCUUUGAUGCUUUUACUAGGACAACAUCCAAAAGGUGCUAUGCUGCUGCGACGCUAGAGCUUUCGCAAGCGGAUAAUGAAGAGUGGAAAGCUAGGGCUCUUGCUGCUGCAACCACUGAACUAGAAAGGCUUUUUAGGAAAAAAGACUUCGGCAGGAUGAAGGUGAUUGGACAAUUCAAUUUGGGUUUUAUUAUCGGAAAGCUAGAUGAAGACUUGUUUAUUGUGGAUCAGCAUGCAGCUGAUGAGAAGUAUAAUUUUGAGCGCCUCUCAGAAUCAACAGUCAUGAACCAGCAGCCUUUAUUGCGCUAGGAGGCAGGAAAGGAAUGUUGCCCCCCUAACCCCUCGGGGGAGAUGGUUACGAAGGACCUAUUUAGUUGAUUUCUAAAAUCCAUUAGAAGCAAGCAUCAAGCUUUUGCCAACUGUAUCUUGUUUCAAGAGUUUCAGUAUCCUUUUCUCUUUUUAUUUCUUUUCACCCAUUUUAUCUAAGUCAAAGAUUCUGCUUUAUUUACUUAGUAGAGUAGUUCUUGAGCCUCCCAUCUGCAGUCACAGUUGCAAUAGCAGUAUAAUAUCAAAUCCUUGAUGGGCUUCAAAGGAACUAAUUGUUUCCUCCUGAGAACUAGUUUGAACCCCUUUCUAGCAUGAAUAGUGUUGGUUUAUUACAUCUCCACUUUAUUGUCAUUUACAGAUUAAAGGAUUGAUCAUGAUAAGUGACAAGAUGAGUUCUAGAUCGUGUAUACAACAUGUCAUCAUUCUUUGACCUCCAACAGUCUAAUUUAAAUAGCUACCACACAUGCAUCAAUUGCUAUUUAUUGUGUGUAUAUCUAUUAGUCCAGUCUACUCUUGCUAAAAUUUGGACUGGACUGCCAACCUGACUCUUGCUUGGCCUUCAAAUCUGUCGACUUCUUUUCAAUAAAGAAUCUUUCAUUGUUUGGCUGUUGGACGCUAUAUUAAUGCUUGAUAAAUGUGUUACGCAUCAGACUAACAGCAACUGAAUCAAAGUAAUUAUCAGUUUUCUAACCAAGAAUGAAGUUUUCUUGUUACCGUUUUCACACUCAUCUUUCAGAUUUUCUACCUUGAUAGUUUACAGUGGCUGUCUUUUAGAAUUUUCGCUAGAAAAGAUUACUGUAGCCUCAUCGUCUUUGUGAUGAAUAGGAAUUCAACUAUUGUGGAUUUCAGCUUGCACAGCAAAUUUCAACUCGUUGACCGUGCCUUGUGAUGUCGUCUGUUUUGAUUGUAGAAAAUUACAAGUCACUUGUCUAUCUCUUAUCGUUGGCUAUUGUAUGAGCAAUUUUGACAUUGAGAUUGGCCAUAAGCCAAAAGUGUAAAUUUGAUUCCCUUUAUCGACUCCAGCAGCCAAUAAAGUGCAUAUUUCUCAUUAAUACUUUGUGGAUAUUAGCAGAAGACGUAGAUAGUUUCACCAUUUGAGCAGUGUGUGACAUAUUCUUAGAAGGUCAAAAUAUCUCGCUUGCAGAAGCCUAUGAACUCUAUCCUUUAAUGCAGGCUCCAUGAAACCUCUUCCCCCCUUUUUAUUCCUAUUGUCAUUUGUCUUAUCUCGGACAUGUUCUUUCACCUUUCUUUUCUUUCCUUUUUGUGCUUGUUGGCAUUUUAGGGAGAUAAUUGUGCAUAUGUAGAUGUAUAUGAUUGAAGCUUAAAUGAUAGUGGCUAUACUUGCGUUUCCCUUAAAAUUUCAAUGUACAUAUUAUCUCUUUGUU